GGGCGGGGCCACGUAGCUUCCAGGAGAUUACGUCGUUUGCGUUAAGUUACCGGCGCGGGUGGCGUGGCAGUCAGGGGCCAACAUAUUCAGCUUGAGAUUAUUUGCUACAGAAAGAACACUCAGAACAUCGAAGUCAUCCCAGGAGUCAGCAGAGGACCGAUACCAGAAGGGAAGGGACUCCAUUUUACCUGGCGGAACAUAGGAGAGCAACACAAGGACCACAAGGCCCAAGAGGACGCUCCUUGUGACCAUACCAAUCAGCAAAGAAGCGGCUUCGGUGCCCGGGAGAGUGACUCUCGACGCAGCCUUGGCGAGACGGGGAGCCGCAUGGCUAGUGAACCUUUUGGAACAAGAACAUCUGCCUGCUCCACUGAGCAGUCCAAUCAGCAAAAGGAUGUUUGCGGUGUGGUCGAAACGACACAUCUGUGAAAGACUCAUAAAGAACUGCGGAGCAGAAGGAAGUCGGCAGAUAGACUAGCGGACCUGAGUUUCGAAGAGCACGGAGAAAAGAUGAAGCACGCACAGGGGCACGAAGGGACUCUCCUGAGAACCACUUUGGAGCCUGCAGCACGCUCGGUGGUUCUCCAGAGGAAAGAAGAGGCAGAGCAGAUGUUUUCACUGUCAUGUUUAUAUCAAGAAAAGGCAGCACUGAACAGCCCAGAAUUCCUCUUCCUGGAAUUCUGCAGAAGCCUGUGAUCUCCUCAGUCUGCCCCUCCAGGAAGAGUGAGGCCAGCCGCCAGCCCCACCCAGCUCAGCCCAGCCCAGCUCUAUAAAGGAGCCUCUCACAGCCACUGCUGGAAGUUCCAGCCCUGCGCACUCCUCGGCCAUGAACCUCUAUCUUUCUGCGUUACUCCUCUUCCUGGCAAUCUUAUUGCCUUCAGGAAGAGGUAUGUUUGGGAACGAUGGAGUCAAAGUUCGCACCUGCACUAGCCAGAACGCCGUAUGCUUCCUCGGGUGUCCACCGGGAUAUACAUGGAUUUCAUUCUGCCACAAUGUUUUGUCUUGCUGUAGAAAAAUGACAAAGUUUCAACCCCCUCAAGCCAAAGAUCCAUGGUCUAAAUAAAAAGAUACGUGACUGGUUCAAAGGGCUGAACUCCUAAUCUGUGUAAGGAUCUGAGAGCUCCUACAUGAGAGAACCAGCUUCUGAUAAUUGACUGGCAAAAUUCCAGAAGCAUUUCGUAAAGGGAGCAGGCCAUGAAAUGCAUCCCCUAUCAUUCUUCCUACCCUCCCAUCUGCCGUUACUCAUU